CAGGUGUCCUAGGCAAACAUACGCAUGCACAUCGCACAUGCAUCCUACCCGUCCCAUCCCUCACUCGGCGUGUGUUCAAUGCUGUUGCGCUUCCUUCUACGGUAGCUUUGUUCUUGACUGUACACACACCAGCUGCUGCUGGCCUCUCGACUCAAGCCUGUAUCUGCCGCACGAGUCGUGAUGGCCCUCCUCCAGGAACCUGCGUGUCAUCACGAGACAGAUACGCACAUACAAACGUCCGUCGCUUACUCGCGGGGUGAGCCGUUCCAGCCGCACAUCUCGCCCCCCUCGUAAGCGUGCAUUUCCUCCAUGAAAUCACGACGAGUGAUGCCCUUCUCCUGAACACACAGGAAUGCAUCAGAGCUGCUGUGUGUCCUUUGUGUUGUCUGGUGCAUGCCGCUACCAGCCGACCGACCGGGUCUUUGGCUUUGAUGGCGAGUGUGAGCAGGACAUUCUCGAAGUCCGUAUACUUGCCGAUGCGGCCCAGCUUGCACUUCUCGAAGUCACGCCAGCCUGACGCACACACAGAAGGGGCGGGGCCACACGUGCAUUCACGAAUGAGGAUGGGAUCGGUGCGGACGCACCUUGGUUGGGCUGCUGGCGGUAGUGCUCGGGUACGUUGGUGAUGAUGAUGCUGGGAUACGGGUAGACUACCACCUGCCACAUAAUCCAUCCAUCCAUCCGUCCAACUGAAGAAGUGCAGUUGGCAUACCUUCAUUUUCUUCUCGUGCUCCUCAGGGUCGUCAGCGGCCGAGUGAACGUACUUCCGGAGUCCCUCCUGGAAGUCGGGGGCGUAGAUGCCUCCGAGAUCGAUGAACUGCGGCUCGUUCGGGCGGCUGGCCUUCUUGACCUCCUUGAGCACCUCCUGCAGACCCAUGCAGCACAACAGAUGGAUGGAUGGAUGGAUGGAUGGAUCUGUGCCAAUUCCAUGGUGCAAUUGUCGGCACGUACCUUCAGACGAGCCUCAUAGUUCUCGGCCGACACUACGCCCUUCUGGUGGGCCACCUCCUGCCGCGGCGCUGCCGACGACGAGCUCAUGGUGAAAAAGGGCGAUGGUUGCACACACCGACGAUGUUGACGAUGGACACGCAGGCCGAGAACACCAGGACGUGGUCC